ACACAGCAAGCUCGUGAAGGAGAACGGCUUGGAUGGGUGCGAGGUGAUGGUGACUGCGGGCGCAAACCAGGCCUUUGCCAACAUUGUGCUUGCACUCUGCGACGCUGGCGACGAAGUCGUUCUCUUCCGCCCAUACUAUUUCAAUCAUCACAUGGCACUGCAGAUGACAGGCUGCAACAUUUCGUACUGCCCACGCGACCACACAACCUUUGCGCCAGAUCUUGACUGGCUCGAGGCCAACCUUGCAGGAAAGAAGAUGCUGGUGCUUGUGAACCCAUGCAACCCGACGGGAACGGUGGCCAGCAAGGAGGAACUGAAAGCAAUGAGCAAGCUCUGCACACAGCAUGGUGUCUGGUUCAUUGUCGACAACACAUACGAAUACUUUGUGUUUGACGGCGCACACCAUGAAUCCAUUGGUGGCGACCACGUGCUGAACGUGUACUCCUUCUCCAAAGCAUAUGGGCUCAUGGGCUGGCGCGUGGGCUACAUUGCAUGGCAGAAUGAUGCCCUGACGCCACAGUUGAUGAAAGUACAGGACACAGUUGUCAUCUGCCCGGCUCGAUUGAGCCAAGUUGUCGCGUUGGGUGCUGUGGCUGCAGGGCACGAGUGGUGUGCUGAGCGCAUCCGCAAACUCGACACAAACCGAGAGAUUUUGUUUGACGCGAUUCGCUCGUAUGAUCCCAACGCACUCGUUGGACGCCACGACGGCGCCAUCUACGCCAUGGUCAAGGUGCCGCACGAGGAGGAUGAGCGUGUGGCCGAGUGGCUUGCGCACCAGCACCAUGUCGCCGUCAUUCCCGGGUCAUCCUGUGGUCUGCCUGGCUUUGUGCGUGUGGCUUUCGCCAACCUCUCCCCAGCAAAGUGCAAGGAGGCGAGUGCGCGGUUGUGUGCAGGGCUGCGAGAGCUCAAGGCGAAUGAAGGCGAUGCGCUGCUUGUGUGACUCUGUCUGUCGUGCUGUCGCCAUGCAUUCGAGGUCUCGAAGAAGAGGAACCUUUGGCUCAC